ACAACGAAGGAGACGCGUGUGUGCCCCUGAUGUGCUUCGUUCGGACGUGAUAAUUUUAUCAGAGACAAAAUUAUCGAUCAUUAUUAAAAGACAAGAGAUCUUUAAAACGGUCAAAACUCCCGUGGAAUAAAGGCUUUGCGAAUGGAAAAAAAUCUCCAAACUGUUUGCGAGAUUUUUCUCCUCGGUCAUCGAGCCUCGAUUCCUGCUGAAUUAAAAUGGCUGUGAUUGGCUCUGAGUGAUUUUGGGGAAACAAGAUAAUAAAAGGCUCUGGCAACUCCUUACAAUCAGGAUUCCUCAAAAUCCCGAUUGCCCGUAUUCCCGAAAAAGUGCGAAGAAAAACGGACAGAGGGAUGAUUUGACGCUGCGCACUGAUGCGCGAAAAGCGUUGCUGAUCGUCGUGCAUCGUAUUCUGCACCCCGCGAAACGCGCGGGGGCUGGGGAAAAAAAUCGUCGUCGGAAUUGAAUAGAAAAAAGAGGGAGAAUUCGUCGAUUAAAUCGAGAAAGUGAAAGAUGAGAUCCUACGACGGCGAAAGCAGCUCAACAGAAGACGACGAUCGCAGAGAAGGUCUGCCGGAGGCGCAUCUGCAACAAGGAUCCUGGCAACGCACAGCGUCCCAUCCUACCUGGGCCUGGGAGCAUCGCAACGUCCAUCCACUGCCUCCACAAUCGGCAGCGGCUCUCGAAUCCGUAUAUUCGACACCAGGGGCCUCACAUCCAGGUGUCUCGGGUCCACCAACAGCAUACUCAUCGGAACACACUCAGAGCGCACCAGGACGAAGGACUCCGCUGGGUGCCGUGGGCCUCGGUGGCUUUUACUUUCAACAACAACCUCAACCGCAUGCUUCGUCGAGCGCGUUGUCCGAUGAGAAUCGACCGGAUGAGAGACCAACAGGUUCGCGAUUGAACUGUCCACCGAAAUCGAAGACGACUCGUCAAGGAAAAAGCGUAAGGUUGAAUAUUAAUGCCCGAGAACGUAGAAGGAUGCAUGAUUUGAACGACGCCUUAGACGAACUUCGUUCUGUCAUCCCUUACGCACAUAGUCCUUCGGUGAGGAAGCUGUCGAAAAUAGCCACUCUUCUCCUGGCGAAAAAUUAUAUUCUCAUGCAAGGGAACGCGCUGGAGGAGCUCCGGAGAGUGAUAGCCGUUUUGCAAUCACCGCAUGCACACACCACCGCUUUACCGCCCACCCCGGUCUCCUACGACCUUCUGCAGGGAUUCCCCGGCAAGUUAUUCCAGGGGGUGCCGGAGAUGCAAGGGCUUCCUACGAACGAUCCUCAAAUCGUGACUGGUCCCCCGACUGACGGUACAGUCGCCAGCGGAGAGUCGAAUUAAAGAAUCAAUUAUUUCUUCCUACUUUCUUCGCGAUAGAUCUAAGAAUUUCUCUCGUGAACAACGUAAAUCGACCGUACGAAUUCGAGCCAACAGAAUUAAAUUGAUAAAAUGCGAUACAAUAGCGAGAGAAGAGGAUUCAAAGUAUUUGCAAAUCUUUCAGGCCUAAGUCUAAGAUUGAUAGUGUAAGAUGCGUCCAAGAGUCUCCUAAGCUGAAGGAGUACUUUUUAAAAUGGAAAUGCCUUCGGCUACAUGAAAGUAUUAAUUAUUAGAGUAUUAUUGGAACUUAAUUAAUUCUUCUAGAGAGAAAAAAGAGUGGAGUAAUCUUUUUUAAAUAUUAAUACAUAAAUAAUUUAUAUUUGCUUAAAAAACAAGACGCGAAAGAACGAAUUACAUCAUUUUAUUUCUUCCGUAAAAAUAACAAGAUGCAUAAGAUCAAGUAAAGCAAAAACAGAAGAGAUA